AUGGACAACGUUAAGGCGUCCGUGAAAGCGUUUGCAGAGAAACGAAGCCAUUUAAAUGAUAUAAAAGUUGCAUUAAGCAGAAGCAGUAUACCACAAGACGAUCAUAAGACUGCAAUUGAGAACGCAUUUCGUGAAGAUGUCCAGGCGUACUCCUCUACUCGCUCACUUUCCCCUCAAUUCUCAGAUGGGAAAGUCUGCGACGAUUAUCAUAUUGGUCUUCUAUUCAGGCUGGGUGUACUGGUCGAAUUACUUAAGAGUGAUCUUAUACCGCCAAACUCAGUGGUACCUAUUAUCUCUGAUACGCUGGAUAUACACUCGCUAUCUUCUGCCACUGUUAUCUUCAACUUCCUCACCGACUUUAUGGCUUCCGACGACUCAAACGUGGUUAAGACGACGAGCACGCGUAACAACCUACUCAAAACAAGCAAUGAGCUGCUGAGAAGAGCUUCUAGAACUAGAAAUAGCGAACUUUGUGGUGAAAUUCUCCUUUUCCUCACCAGUAUCAUGCCAUUAACCGAUAGAUCGGCUACCAACUUCAGGGGCGAUAUUAGGGAGUCUACAAAGACCAUACCCGAUGCACUAAUGAUGAGUGACGAAGCAGAUGAUGGGUAUAGGAAUUUCUGGCACUUACAGUCCUACCUCACAAAUCCAAUGUCGAUAUACGACAAGACGGCGAUUAAGGAUGGUGAUAAGGAGAUCACUCACACAGAAAGAUUCAAGUCUCUUUUCAGCUCAAUUCUCCAGCUCCUUGUCGAGGCUUCCGAUAAGGAGAUCAGGAUGUCUGGUUCGACAACCAAGAAAAGCAGCGGCGGUAUGAAGCGCAAGUUAAACGAAGCUGAGAUACUGUCCGAUGCGUACUUUUUCCCUGAGUACCUUGCUCAGCCUAAGUUGUUCCCAUUACAGGUCGCUGAUCCAAGCUUUAGAUGCUGCGUGUUUAUACAGAUGUUCAUCAUAGUCCAAUUUAUCGUCUCGGUCCACCCAAAGGACCUUCUCUAUGGCCCUGAAAUCCAAAACCCACAGGAAAAAAUUAUAAAGAGCGGGAUACAGUCUGACAAAACUUUCGCUGACUGGGCUACGAGUAGGCGUUCGAAUAUACUCAAAGCACUGCCCAAAGUAUCACCACACAACGUCGACAUAACGCAACCCAUAGUGCAACUAAUGAAGAGGGAAAAACACUGGGUAUACUGGAAGAUGGAAAACUGUCCGAUGAUAGAACUACCGAGCGACGACCCCAGUCUGCUCACUCGAGCCGAGGAAUCCAGGAUGGCGAAUGUGUUUAAAAACAUAAAUGCAAGUCCGUAUGUAUGGGGAACGGAGGCGCUGAGUGAGUCAUUCGAAGAAGGAUACAAGAAUGCAGAUGACUUGGAACAAUACCCGCGACCACCCGAACUUUCUUUCUACGUGAAGAAAGCAAAACAGGAUACAAUGAAGGCGAUGCAGAGGAGGAGGAAACUUGGAGUUGGGGAAGAUGCACAGGUGGCUAAUGAUCCUGUGUUGGAAGACGUGAGAAAUCACAAGCAGAGUCUGUCAUGGAGAGGAUUUCGUUGUGUGGCUAAGAAUAGCGCUCCAAUUAUCGCAUCACUCCCACCUGGUUCUGACGUGGAGGGGCUGUAUGAAGCCAUUGAAAGAAAAAAACAGCAGGCACAAGCGAAAGGUGUAGCGUCGAAAGAUAACUCACCUAGCAAUGCACUUGAUGUGACGCAGAUUGUAGGUGAUGGCCAGCGGCAUGAUGAACAGGGUCGCAAGGAAGAUGAGGAGGAGGAGAUGAAUAUCGAGAAGCAUUUAUCUCGUGAGCAGGCAGUGGAUGCUGCGGCUGAUUCGAAGAAAGAGGAGGCGGGAGAGCAAGUCGUAGAGCAGUUUGUUGAGCAAGCUGUCGAACAGGAUGGUAAAGUGAUACAAGAUACAAAGCAAGUCAAAGUAAACCAAACUAAUGAGCGUUCUCAAAGCCAACCGCCUGAAGCAGAGGAAGUUUUUCAAACGUCGCAAGUCGUGAUGGACACGGCAGAAGAAAAGAUGGUUGUACAAGAAAGUGUAAAGGAGAAAAUGCAAAGCUAA